AUGGCAUCCAAAGCCCCUCCUUCACGUACCAAUUCAGCCGGCGUCAGUCGCAAGCUUUUUCAUCAUCAUCUCAGCAGACGUCCAACUAACGCGUCGACUGCGUCCACAUCGUCGACCACAAUUUUAAACACAAAGCGAGACGAUGCCGAUGAUAUCGUCGCAAAGGAUAGCGACGGCAAUUUUCGCCUUCGUGUCCUUAAGUUGCCUCCCCUAGAAGAUGAACAAGCCCAAGAAGAGGAGCUGGGCAACGAGAGGGACAAACUUCUUGCAGCAGUGCAAGCUACCCUCAAACGCAAAGUAGCCUCGCUAGAUGAUGACAAUUGGAUAUUCGAAGCAGAGCAGCCGUCACAAGACGGAUGA